AUGGAGAUGCAGUCCUACUGCGCCAAGCUCUUGGGGGAGCUGAAUGAGCAGCGAAAGAGGGACUUCUUCUGUGACUGCAGCAUCAUCGUGGAAGGGCGGAUCUUCAAGGCCCACAGGAACAUUCUGUUUGCCAACAGCGGCUACUUCCGAGCCCUGCUCAUUCACUACAUCCAGGACAGCGGGCGCCACAGCACCGCCUCCCUGGACAUUGUCACCUCGGACGCCUUCGCCACCAUCUUAGACUUCCUGUACUCCGGGAAGCUGGAUUUGUGCGGCGAGAACGUGAUCGAAGUUAUGUCGGCUGCCAGCUACCUGCAGAUGAACGAUGUGGUGAACUUCUGCAAGACCUACAUCAGGUCGUCCCUCGACAUCUGCCGGAAGAUGGAGAAGGAGGCGGCGGUGGCGGCGGCGGUGGCGGCGGCGGCGGCGGCCGUAGCGGCUCAUCAGGUGGACGGGGGAAGCCCCAGUGCAGGCAGGGAAGGGACCUCCUGUGACGCCAAGAGCUUGGUCUCCUCUCCCGCCACUGGAGAGGGGAGUGUGGACUGUCCCGGAGAGUCCCCUUGCAGCGACUGCAGAGGCUGCCACCAGCUGGGACUGGUGGUGAAGGACAGCCAGGGCAGUGACCUCUCUAUUCUGCCCAGACAGAUAGAGCCCAAGGUGGAGUUUGAUGCCGACGAGGUGGAGGGGGAGGGUGGUGAGCCGCUGCCUCCCUAUGCCGCGCCGCUCAGCCUGGCCCACGUGGACGAGGGUUUGCCCGGCGGCCAGGCCGUGGACUUGGCGUACAGUAACUACCACGUGAAGCAGCUCCUGGAGGCACUCCUGCGCAAGGGUGCUGUCCCCAGCAAAGACGACGCGGACCACCACUUUUCUCGGAGUUUGGAGGGAAGACCAGAUGGUGCAGGAGGAGCCAUGAGUUCCAUGGCGGAUGUCCAGACCGACUGGUAUGGCGAGGACGCAGGUGACGUGCUUGUGGUCCCCAUCAAGCUCCACAAGUGUCCUUUCUGCCCUUACACUGCCAAACAGAAGGGCAUCCUUAAGCGGCAUAUCCGCUCGCACACAGGUGAGCGGCCCUACCCCUGUGAGACCUGUGGCAAGAGGUUCACACGACAGGAGCACCUGCGGAGUCACGCCCUGAGCGUCCACAGAUCCAACCGUCCGAUCAUCUGUAAGGGCUGCCGGAGGACCUUCACGAGUCACCUGUCCCAGGGACUGCGACGCUUCGGGCUCUGUGACAGCUGCACCUGUGUUGCAGACACACACGACGAGGAGGACGAUUUGAUGCCCAUCAACCUUAGCCUGGUGGAGGCCUCGUCCGAAAGCCAAGAAAAGAGUGACACGGACAAUGACUGGCCAAUCUACGUGGAGUCUGGUGAGGAAAACGACCCCACUGGAGACGAUCCUGAUGACAGACGGCAAAUUCGGCCCCACCUGUCAGAUCGAGAGACGCUUACGUAGCAGUACAUUUGGGUGGGGGGAGAGGUCUUAGAAUUUGUGAUUGCUCAUUCUGCGUUCGAAAGCCGCCAUUUGUCCAAUUUUAUGGAACCCCGAGAGGAACAUUUUUUGUUCCUCUACUUGCAUUUUUGUUAGAUUACAUAGCGAAGGUUGGAUCUCGUGAGUCGAAGGACUAAUGACUUCUUAGUGGAAUUCCCUUGGUUUCGGAGGGCUUUGCUGAGGUAAUUCGCAGUGAGUCAAGGCUGGCCCCCAGGCUCCCCAUUCUUCCUGUCGUGCACCCAAACUCUGCUUAGGAAAAAGGUAAGAAAAUCUGUAGGCUUGUUUUCCUAUGGUCUCCCUUGACUACAUUCCUUUCUUGUCAGCCUUUUUCCCUGUGAAGGUGAACAAGAAUAGCUUGAGACCAGUCUCUCUCUGUUGCCGAGCCUUUCCUGAUGGAUUCCAUAUUUUAGUUUUCUGGUCAAGUCUUAAAGAGGAAGCUUCGUGACAUAAGGCAGGCAGGGCUGUUCAGCUACAUGAUUGUAGAGGUACUUUCUAACUCAAAGGCUGCAAUUUGAAUGACUGGGAAUAUUUAUGUGCACACAAAUACGGGAAUGAGCGGAGAGGCUCCUGGGGUGCUCUGACUUGUCCAGCUAAAUUAAACUUUAAGUUAGCCCUGGGAAGGGAGCCUGUGAGCCCAGGUCUGGGCGGUUUCCCUGUCUGGUGUGCUAUUUGACAGUUCUACACACACAGAUCCCCUGUUUUGUGAUCAUAGAACAAGUCAUUUGGGCGACAUUGAAAAGACUCCUGCUUUUUCCAUCCAUUUUCCAGAGCCGCUGUUGUGUCAUGUGGAAAUGUAGCCACUGCUGAGAUUCCUACUUUGAUUAUGAAUAGAACUUUAAUUGGAGGGACAGUACAAGUCUAUAUAAACAAGUUAUAUUUCUCAAUGGUUUACCUUUUCAAAGACCCCCUGGAGGGGAAGAGAAGGUUGGUGGAAGAACAGGUUUUUAAAACCGUUCUGCUUUUCACCCACUUUGCAGCCAUGCGGUUAUUUUAACAGAAGAAGGCUAUAUACUUGUUGAAAAGGCUGAAUAACAGGAAAUAUUCGGGAUCGAGGAUAUUUAAGGCACUUUCAUAAUUUUGUCUUACGUUAAAGUAUCCAAAAUGGACUUUAAAGGAAAUCGCUUUUUCUUCCUUUAAUUUGAGUAUAGUUGUGUUUUAAAAGGUGGUGAAACCACCUUUCUUUCUGCCUCUUGAACAAAAAAGCCAAUAAAAAACAUUAUAAAUUGGCUUGUGAGUGUUAGUCACUGAAGAGUUCAAAAGGUGUUUAAACCAUACUUCUCAACAUAAGUGAGAACUCCAGAAUAAUGUUACUCAAACUGUGACCCCCAGACAGCUGGCCUAUGAAUUCUCUGACACCACCCCACACAGUAGGACCGCACGUUGGCCUGCAGUAGAUUAGAAAUCUUAAAAAUGGUCUUUUGCCACAGAUAGUUUGAAAAUUAUUGUUAAAGAGUAACAAACUGCAAAUUAUCAAGGACCAGAAACACUUCUCAUUCCUGAAAUGGAAAUAUUAGCUAUUCUUUUCACGGGGGAUCUUAGCAAAAGGGAAAUCUAACCGGUUGUGUAGAGGUGUACUUGGCAAGGAGUUAUAUUGGAUAUUUUUCUCUGUUUAAAUUAUUUCUAGUGUUGUUGUUUUUUUAAAGAUUUUAUUUCUUUAU